CGGCGGCACAUUCUACGGCUUCAUGUCGACCACCGCAGCGCUAUGUGUGCACUCCCUCAUCGAGACGCGUCAGUGCCGGUCACGACGGCACCUCGCGUUUCUUCUCGCCUACGUCGGAACGCUUUGGGCGGCGGGCACAGUGCUGAUAGGGGGCAUAUCGGCGGUGUGGGUCGAUAUGUUCGUGUACCACGCGUCGAGCGCGCUCGCGAGCCCGCAAGCGCAGACUCCCGCUCCGGGAGGGGCUUCGGCGGUUGGAAAUACGGCGUACUGGGUCAUUCUUAUGCUUACGGACGGGAUGAUGAUCUGGCGGUUUAAAGUCGUCUGGUUCAACUCGCGCUUUUACCGCUAUCUCGUAUCUGUGCCUAUUCUCUGCUAUCUGGGAAUACUAAUCCCCGGCUUCUUCGUUUUCGUCAUCUUCAGCAACCAUCCCAUAUGGGCCGGCAACAUAGUCAAUGAGGACCUCAUCACCGCUAUAUUCUCUUCCUCGUUCUGCCUCAACAUUUACGUCACCGCCCUCAUCGCCGGCCGCCUCUUCCUCUAUAGACGUCGCUUCAAAGCCAACUGGGGCUCGCCCGACACAAUGCACUACACCUCGAUGGGCUCCAUGCUCAUCGAGUCGUACCUCCCCCUCACCGUGUUCACCAUCCUGUUCUUCGUCACGUAUCUGCUCAACAACCCCGCGCGGUACAUGACCACGUCCGUCCUCGGCCAGAUGCAGAUCACCGCGCCGCUCAUGGUCAUGCUGCGCGUCUCGCGCGGCAUCGCGUGGGACUCGUCGACGACGCCGCGCUCGAUUGAGGUUGCGAUAGAUCGCGCGCUGCAGGUUCAUGAGGAGCGGGCGGUGCAGGUUGUGCCCGACC